AUGCCAAAGCCCGCGCUUUCUCACCUCCCCCUGAAGGAGUUUCGGCACCGCGUUUUGCUGUUGCCUCCUCAGCAGCAGCAGAGGCAGCAGCAGUGUCUGUCCGCUGGUGCUGAGCACCCAACGCAGCAACAGCAGCAGCCGCAGGAUCUGGAAAGCAUGCAGCGCCAGCUGGAGGCCGUUACUGAAGCCGAUUUACUGCGUGCGCUGAAGCAGCUGGCAGGAGGAGCUCCUGGCUUGUUUCCUCCCCAGCAGCAGGAUGACCACCAGCAGCAGCAGCAGCAGCAGCAGCAGAGACAGCAGCAGCAGCCUUUACAGGAGGCUGAUGUAGCAGGCGGAGGGCCAGGCGGAUCGAGAGAGACUCCUGACUACCCUCUGACGUGUCUCUGCCAAGCGCAGGGAGUUGGUGCGAGCCGCGGCUGCACGCGCUGCAGCAACAGCGGCAGGCAGCAGCAGCAGCAAGCGGCACCGGCGGGGAGAACGCAGCCGAAGAGGCAUUCACUGCACAGACAACAGCAGGUAGCAGAAAAGCAGCAGCUGCAGCACCAGCAGGCGAGCAGCAGCGGCGCCCAGCAGCAGCAGCAGCUUGGCUUGUCUGGAGGCAGGGGGGGAGGAAACGGCCCUCUCGUUCGUGAUUCGCUAGAGCAACAGCAGCAGCACCAACAGCAACAACAAUGGAUCGAUUUUGGAGAGGCGCUCUCCCUUCAGAAGCAGCUAGACGCACUGAUGCGCAAUGCGCUUGAAGGCUUAGGCUCAGCUUCUGAGGAUAACACAUCGCAACAGCACCAGCAGGACUGGCAGCAGCAACACCUCAGUGGAGGGGGUCUAAGCAGCAGGUUUACUCACUACACAUCUGGAGACGUGACUCCCGCUAGCAGCAGCGACUGCCGCACGCCUCAGGGGCAAGGCUUCUCCCUAGAACCCCCCGUUGUUAUCUCUGCAGCACUCCAGCAGCAGCAGCAGCAGCAGCAGGAUGCUCAUAUAGGAGACGCUGCGACAGGGAGUCUCCAGGGAACUGCUGCUGUGAUGCUCGCGCUAAAGGCUCGUGAUUUGAGGGACGGCCUCCUAGCGGAAUUGCAGCAAGAAGGUCUUUCGGCGGAGGCAGCAGCAGGCAGAGCGGCGGAUAUCUUGGGGGCUGCACUGGCACUUACCCGGCAUGCCCAUCCUAGGCCCGAUGCAUUCGGUAAAAAUUUGAUAUCCUGGAUGCAGGGGGUCGGUGGGCCGAAUUUCGCGGCUCCUACGAUGUUGGCGCACCCUGACGAAUUCAGGAACCCUUCGUCUUUCCUGAAGAUAUACGGCGAUCCGAUGUGCUGCCUGGAGCAGCAGGCGCAGCGAGGAGGAGCCCCCCCCUCCUGCGCAUUGACUGGGGAAGGCGGUGCAGGUGCAGCCUCAGCGGCAAAUCCUGUGCGUGGUCGCAACGGCAACUGGUUAUGCCGCAGCUGCAGCAACGUGAACUUCCCGAGGCGCUUCCGAUGCAACAAGUGUGGGGCCCCUAGGGGCCCCGAGGGAGAUGCCGUCGUGGCAGAGUAUGCAAAGCAGGUUUACAGACACCACCUGAACACGUUCCGGCUGCUGGCGGAGAGUCAGGGAACGGACGCGCCGCUCAAGAGGCUCAAAGGCAAGCGGAAGCAGCAGAGCAAUCCGCAGCAGCAGCAGCAGCAGCAGCAGCGAGCCGUGGCGGCUGCAGUGCUUGGACUCGCCUCUCUGUCUCGCAACAGUUCCAGCAACAAUAGCGCCCCCACGCCGCUCGCCGCGCAACUGCGAACUCCCAUCCUCCCAGCCUCGCUGGCGUCGACUGUCUGCGGCUUGACGGGCAGCAGCAGCAGCAGGAACGGCCGCAGCGGCAGCAGCAGCCCCUGUCAUUCGUUGUCUAUGGGAACCAACGAAACCAGUCCCAUGAGCACGAGCUCCUGCAGCAACAAGGCUGGAGCGCAGGGGGGUGGCACUCUGGGACGGCAGCCUCAGGGAACGGCGGAUGCUGCUGCCGAGAUUGGCAUCGGGGAGGCCCCUUGCACCUCCUCCGACACUGCAACUGGGAAUGUAAACGCAGCGGACACAAACAGCAGCAGUAGCAGUAGCAGCGGCAGUAGCAGCAGCAGUAGUAGCAGCAGCACUCAUACUGGCGGGUAUGGGUAUUGGUCAAGUGCAAAGAAGCUGCAGGCAGCGACAGUUCUCCUGAUCGAGGGAGUGGUAUCGUUUGCGAUCUUUGGAUCGUCAAGCCUCCGUGUUGCCGCGUCCUUUUUGAUUGCCGCUCUUGCUCUCAGUGUCAUGCUUACCGGCAAUGUCGGCUUUCUCCCCCACCUCACAGUAGCGCUCUGCUUUUCGCUCAUGGAUGAUAAGAUCCUUGGUGUCUCAGCACCGCAGCCGCUGGCUCAGACGUUCUUUCAGCGCUGUGCAUUGGUGGGAGGCACUGUCCUCCUUGGCGCCAUCGUGGGGGCUUAUUUCUUGAUAUACAGUGCCGGCUGUCUUAGCUAUUUCUGCAGGAUUUGGAUGAGGCCAGGCGUAGCCGCUCCCGCAUGGGCCCUGCAGCUCUGCAAAGAGCUGUCUCUUCUUUGCGCAUGCAAUGGAUAUGGCCUAUUCUCUGUGGUCACGACAAGCCGGCUGGAGUUGGUGAUUGAAGAAUUACAUCAGACGGCGGACGAGAAGCCUCAGUGGCUGGAAAUUACCUUCCCGUACAAACCAGGAGAGCACGCUGCUGCUUGUGCAGGGAACAUUGACAGCCCUCCCCCUUGGCUCUGGUCUGGCCACUUCCCUCGUUUAGACUGGCGGCUUUGGUUUGUGCCCCUUCGUCUUCGCUGCACUCUAAGGGGUGCAGUUACAGGUAAACUCCUGCAGCAGCAACAACAGCAGCAACAACAGCAACAACAACAGCUGCAGCUGCAGCACGUGCAGUCGCUCUGUCCCCCAUGCGUUGCGGCGUUUUCAGGGGCGCCUUCAAGCCUCUCGCACGCGGCUUCGCAGGUGUAUCCUGCUUUCUGGCAGUCUUUCAUUCAGCAACUUUGCGCGCGGGAGCCGGCAGUCCUCCAACUUCUAGGACCUCAAGGCGAAGCCCUGAAGGGUCUUCCCCCGCCUAUGGCUCUAAAGAUCUCGCUGUACGACUAUCGCAUGGUGCCGCCGGAAGGGGUGCCUCUGUAUGCAACGUUUUUCCCGGAGGGCUUUUCCCACCUGACCACUCAGGAAAUCGUCAAGCUCGAGAAAGACUUAGCACAGUGGACGAUUGGCCGUUGGUGGAUGCGUCGGCGACACCAGGAAAUAGAGGCCAAUGAGCGAAAAUUAGAACCAGCGCCAGCUCGGGAAGAUCGCCCAUCAGGAAAGGGCUUCGAGGAACCCGUGGGCUUCUCGGAUUUUAGAAAAAAACAAAUCGACGAGGCGCUUUGCCUUUUCGACCGCGCUGGUGUCGAAACUUUGGGCUGCUGCCCUGUAGAGUGCCUUCCGGAUCGCGUGCCUUCAGUGUAA